AUGUCCGAGGAACCGCUAGGGAUUCUGAGAGUUCAUGUGAAAAGAGGGAUUAAUCUCGCCAUUCGCGAUGCCACAACUAGCGAUCCUUACGUUGUUGUCACAUUGGGUCAUCAGAAACUUAAGACUCGUGUGAUCAAUAAUAACUGUAAUCCAGUGUGGAACGAACAAUUGACCCUUUCCAUCAAAGAUGUCAGUGAACCAAUCCGUCUGACGGUGUUUGAUAAAGACAGAUUCUCGGGAGACGACAAAAUGGGUGAUGCGGAGAUAGAGAUGAGGCCGUUCCUAGAAGCGCAUCAGAUGGAGUUAGAUUUCCAGAAGCUCCCCAACGGUUGUGCCAUCAAGAGGAUCCGUCCAGGAAGGACCAACUGUUUGGCUGAAGAGAGCAGCAUCACUUGGAGCAAUGGGAAGAUCAAACAAGACAUGAUUCUUAGACUAAAGAAUGUCGAGUGUGGUGAAGUUGAGAUCAUGCUUGAGUGGACUGAUGGUCCUGGCUGCAAAGGUCUCGGACGUGAAGGAUCUAAGAAGACACCAUGGAUGCCGACUAAACGAUUGGACUAA